AAAAAGACAUGCCAGCCGAGUUGUGUGAAGAUGCCAAGGAGCUUGACUUUCUCAUUACUCGAAUGAAAGAUCUCCUAGUGGAAUAUAUGGACCAAAGCAGGGCGAGUGAUGGUCUGUUGGUCGAUUACAAAGAGCCUGAAGAGUUGGAGCGGAUCAUGGACUUUUCAUUGCCGGAUCAUGGUGUAGGAUCUCAAGGAAUCUUUCCAACGAUCACACAAACAUUGAAGCACAGCGUCAAUACGUUCUCACCUCGGUUCAUGGAUAAGCUCUAUGCAGGUUCUUCUCCCAUUGGAGUCAUGUCCGAACUUCUCCUUUCAGGGUUGAACGGGAACUCUCAUGUGUAUCAUGUUUCACCUGUUUUCACAAUGAUGGAGAUCCACGUUACUCGAGCCCUUGCUCGUCUCUUUGGAUUCACGGGACCCUUAGCAGGCGGACUUUCAUGUCCCGGUGGGAGUGCCAGUAAUCAAUUAGCAAUGGUCACAGCCAGGAACGUAUUGUUUCCGGAAAUUAAAAAAAGAGGGUAUUUUCCUCGAUGGUCUGUUCAGGAACGGCGUGAAUUGGAGAGACAAUUAGGAAUCACCCUAGCUGAACCAUCUACCUUGUCCUUAAUAUCACCAACAUCAUCAACAUCGACCUAUGGGAAACUAAUUGCCUUCACAAGUAGUGCAGGGCAUUAUUCGUUGGAGAAAUCAGCUGUUAUUAUGGGCUUGGGUUCAGAGAACAUUGCUUGUGUCCCCUGUGAUUCAACUGGAGCGAUGAUUCCUUCAGAAUUAGAGCGCUUGAUCCAAGAACAUAUUGCAAUGGGGCAUACACCUUUCUUCAUCAAUUGCACUGCAGGAACAACAGUCUUGGGCGCAUUCGAUCCGAUUCGCCCUUGUGGUGAAAUUGCGAAAAAGUACAACUGCUGGUUACACGUCGAUGGAUCAUGGGGAGGUUGUACCAUUUUUGUUCCCGAGUUGGCAAAGACUUUGUUGGAUGGCUCAGAAAUGGCUGACUCGAUUACAAUCAACCCUCACAAGAUGCUUCAAACACCUCUACAGUGUUCAUUAUUACUUGUUAAGGAUUCAUCCAUCUUUCCACGUGCGAAUGCGCUUAAAGCAAACUAUCUUUUUCAUGAUCAAAGUCACGAUCUAGGUGAUGGAACCUUAGGAUGUGGCCGUCGGUCAGAUGCCAUCAAAUUCUUUUUGGGAUGGAAGUACUAUGGCAAGCUUGGAUAUCAAGCCAGGGUUGAGAAAUCACUUUCCAAUGUGAAGCGAUUUAUCGAGAUUUUAACUCAAGAUGAUUAUCAUGGACAGAGGAUUCAGAUGUUGCGUCUUGGAGAUGGAGAUGAAAAUGGAAAGAGCUCUCAACCUAGUCUGUUGCAAGUCUGUUUUUGGUACCGACCUCGAGGUAGUCGACUCAUUGAUUGGCAAGGUACAGAGAUCCUCUGGAAGAAUGAAGCUGAGCAACAACAGCAGGAGCAACACAUCUCCUCUGCUUUGCCACAUUUUACUGCCCCUGCAGUUGAGACAGACAUAGAGGCAGAGUCAGAGGCGUCCUUAAUCAACAGCAGUAUUACAGGUCAACUUUAUGGACAUCAUGACUCCUCAUCUAGGACAUCACCAUCGAAUUCCUCUGCUGUCUCGUUAUCGUCAUCUGAUUCAAUGUCAUCAGCCUCAUCAGCCUCAUUAUCAACGGCCCACGCAGGAAUCGAUAGCGACCCAAAGCCUUCUACUUCUUCUUCUUCUGCUAGACCAGUAGACCAUGGUCUAAUUUUGACAGAUCCUGAGGAGCGAGAGGAGGCUAGAGCAUGGAUGGAAAAGGUGAUUAAGGCCAUUCAUGCACGUAUCCGUACUAGAGGGAUGUUCAUGAUUGAUUAUGCACCCUUGGGGCGUUAUUUGCCCAUUUUCUUCCGUGUUGUGUUGAACCCACCGACGAUCCGGGAGCUGGACCUUGUAAUGCUUGUAGAUGAGAUUCUGGAAUGUGGAGAACUUGUUGAAAAGACUAUACCCAUUCCUGUCUGUUGCCGCGCUUAACAGAGUACCAAAAAAAGAAAUAAUAAUAAUAAUAAUAAUAAUAGAUCCAUCAAUCCAAAG